AUGGCGAACUCCAUGAGCACGUCCGACAUGCUCGACCGCGCCAUCGCCAUCGCGGACGAGGCCCUCGCGGCCACCGAGUCACGCCCGCAUGGCAAAAACAAUACCACCGCGCGCCCGUCCGCCACCAUGGCGUCGGCGUCGCCUUCGCCGUUGGCGUUGGCGUUGGCCUCCCCCGCUGGCGACACCCACGCCAUGCAGAACGCGAACGACGGCCACGACGGCCACCACGACUCCCAGGCCGAGGCCGAGGCGCAGCAGAAGACCGCCAACGUCGCCGCCACGGUUGACAGGGUCAUCGAAGACCUCAGGAAAGCUACCAUGGCCCUCGCUGCCACCCACAUCACGUCCGGCUCGGCCUCGCCGUCUUCUUCCCGCGGCCACGACGACGAGCUGCUCACCACCGCGGCCAGCGAGGCUGGCUUCGCCAACGACGGCUCCCACGUCGCGACGACUGGUACGGCCAACCACCCGGCGGCGACGGAAGAGGCCGUCGUCCACGACGCCCUCAAGCGCGCCAUCGUCCACGUCCUCGGCGACCGCACCACCAACAGUUAUGGUAACAGCAAUGGCGACAGCAACCCCACUGCUGCUGCUUCCACCAACCCCGCUGCCGCCACCCCAGCCACUGCCACUACGCUUGCAACCCCCAACGCUGCCGUCAACCCCGCUGCCACCAGCGCUGCUGCUGCUCCCGCCAACCUCGCCGCCGCCACUGCCAGCACCACUGCCAGCGCCACUGUCAGCGCCUCUCCCAUCGCCAACCCCACUACCGGCGGCAACGGCAGCAACAGCGGCAGCAACAGCGGCAGCAACAGCGGCAGCAAUACUGCCAGCUCAAAGACACUCGGCAAGCGCCCGGCUCCGGCGCGCUCCGCCUCCCCGGACGAGCACGACCACAACCACCCCGGCAGCAGCAGCAGCGCGUCCGUCGAUCUGGGCGACGGUGGCGUUCGUGGCCGCGGACAGAAGAGGAAGGAGAAGACCGGAAGUCCUGCGGCCAAGCGUAGCCGUCUCGACUGUGCCGACGCCGACGCCGACGCCGACGCCGAGCUGGCUGGACAUGACGGCGGCGUGGUGGAGCAGGGCGGCUGUCGUGAUGAUGCUGAUGACGAUGACCACCGCGAAGACGACGAUGGCGACGACGACGAUAGCGAAUGCGAAUGGGACAGUACGUCGGGCGCGGAUGUGCCGCCGGGCUUCGUGGGCAUGCUGGAUCGGCACAGGACGGCCGCGCAGCUGGUGACGGACUAUCUCGAUUCGAUGGAGGAGUCUGCGGAGGCGAUUGAGGCGGCGGUGGCGGCGGCGUCGUCGUCGUCGUCGCUGAUGAAGGAGAGGGAUACGAGGAUGGUGUGGUUGAUUAUGAAGGUUGUGAUGGCGAACGACGAGGGCGUCUUGUCCCAGAUCGAGUACGACAUUGAGCGCACCCACCAGAGCGUGCAAAAGCUCUCCUUCCACCUGGCCUCCAUCACCAAGAAGCUCCAGCAGAAGAGCAAGCACAACCAAGGCGAUGCCGCCACCGCCAUCGCCGCCCUCGGUGCCAUCGACGCCGACGUCGAGCACGACAAGUACGAGAUGCUAGACAGCUUCCUCGCCGCGUAUGGCAGGCGCUGCGCCGACGGCAAGGCUACGUGGAACGAGGAAGCCGUCGAGUUGCGCGGGAUCCUGGAUCGCAUGAAGGCGGAUAUUGAGUGGUGGGAUCGUGUUGACAGUGACGACGACGACGACGAGUGA